CCGUGGGGUUCCGGGUCGGCCGGGAGCGCCGCCGCCGCCGCUGUCGCCGGGGCCGGGAGCGACUCCGAGGCACCGCCGCCAUGAACCGCUUCUUCGGCAAGGCGAAGCCGAAGGAGCCCCCGCCCAGCCUCACCGACUGCAUCGGGAAGGUGGAUAGCAGAGCUGAGUCAAUUGACAAGAAAAUUGCUAGGCUCGAUGCAGAACUAGUGAAGUAUAAGGAUCAAAUGAAGAAAAUGAGAGAGGGACCUGCAAAGAAUACAGUAAAGCAGAAAGCAUUAAGAGUGUUAAAGCAGAAGCGAAUGUAUGAACAACAGAGGGAUAAUCUGUCACAGCAGUCUUUUAAUAUGGAACAAGCUAAUUACACUAUUCAGGCACUGAAGGAUACAAAGACAACGGUGGAUGCAAUGAAACUGGGGGUGAAAGAAAUGAAGAAAGCUUACAAGCAAGUCAAGAUUGAUCAAAUUGAGGACAUACAAGAUCAAUUGGAAGAUAUGAUGGAAGAAGCUAAUGAAGUCCAAGAGGCACUGAGUCGUAGCUAUGGAACACCAGAGAUUGAUGAAGAUGAUUUGGAAGCAGAGCUGGAUGCAUUAGGUGAUGAGCUUUUAGCUGAUGAAGACAACUCCUACUUAGAUGAAGCCGCAUCCGCUCCAGCAAUCCCCGAGGUCACUCCUACAGACACAAAAAACAAAGAUGGCAAUGGUAGCAACUCAGAAAGAAAGACACUAAAAAUUAAAGCAACACUUCAACCCUCUGGGCAAGUUUCCAUACUGCACAUAAUCAGUGUAUGGUAACAACAGCAUUGGGUUCAAACUGAACUUUGCUAUUACAGGAAUGCCUUUUAACAAUGUUAGUGUAAUUCUGUUGUGGGCUUGAACUAAACCUGCCUCUCUUUGAGGAUUUAUUUUUCUCACUAGUUAAGGCUGCUUCAAGUGCAUGGAACCAAAUUCAGAAAUUUGUAGAGUACUUAAAGUUUUAACUGUAAUUAUUUUUCCCCAAAAUAAAAGUUCCAAAAACAUUUUUAAAGACUUUUUGUAACUUUUGACUUCUGAGUGUAUUCAAAUUUGAAAAUGAAAUAAAUUCCUUGGCCUUCAAAUCUUCAGCUAUGUAAGAAUCAUAUUGGUAAUAUGCCAGGGGAAACAGGAUCCAGACACUAACCCCCUCCAUGUUGACCCUUCUGAGCAAAUAAGAAUGAAAGGGGCAAAGGAGAAUUUAAAUCAGGCUGGUACUACUUGGCAUUUUCAAAAAAAUAUCCUGUUUAAAGUGGCUAGAAUGGUUAUAAAACACAAUUCAAAGACAGAACUUUUUAAGUGAAUAGUAACCUGAAACUUUUGGAUUGUGCUUACUUAAAAUGUUCUGUUACAGCAGAGAGGAAGCAGAUAAAGAAUGUGAACACUUUGUGCUGCUUUUUUUAUUUUCAGAGAUGCCACCACUAAGUUAUCAAAAUUGAUAAUUGAUGUCACACCUUUCUCUCAUGAAAACCAUAAAUGGAGCAAAGAAUGGUGUUCCUUUUUGUGUGAAAGUGGAUAUUGGUUCUGUGCUUUUUGAAAAAUGGUUUGUGACUGUAUUACAGUUGUUAAGUAUUUGGAUUAGGUCUCAUUGCUAGAGAAUUGACCAAACCUCUUCUUGGUCUGUUUUCACUUGAUGAAUACUGAGAAGGCGCACUAGCAUCUUGAAAGCUUAUUUCUUUUUCACUGUUGGGAAGCUGUAAAGCUUCUUUAUCUAAAGUUGUAGAAAAUCUAGCACUGGAGAUGAUCACAUUAGUGUGGAAAGGCUCCAAAUGUUAACAGGUGUUUCACUUUCCAACAGUGAAUGUUACCGCCGUGUCGAGCUUUUGCGGAACCGCCAGGACGAGAUAAAGGAGAAGUUAAAGGAAGC